AUGUAUGAUGAAAAAAAUAGUUCAACUAAUGCUACAAUUCAAUGUAGAUUUAAUGUAGCAUUAUUUCUUCGAUAUUCUGGCACACUUGUUGUUAUACUUGGUUUUAUUGGAAAUAUUUUAUCUAUUGUUGUAUUUAGUCGAAAAGCACUUCGUUCUCGUUCAUGUUCAAUUUAUUUUUUAGCAUUAAGUAUGAGUGAUAUUAAUGUAUUAAUUGGUUAUACAUUUGAAAAUCUUCUUUAUCAUGGAUAUAAUAUUCAAGUAUUAUCAAAUUCAUUUAUGUGUAAAUCAAUUAUUUUUCUUAUUUAUGCGUCUACAGAUAUAUCAAAUUAUCUUCUUACAUUAGCUGCUAUGGAUCGUUGUAUUCUUAUUUCAAAUUCUACAAUACGUUAUCGUUUUUGUCGAAAAUUAACAGCUAAAUUAAUGAUUAUAUGUGUUAUUAUUUUAUUUAGUCUUAUAAAUAGUCAUUUUUUAUUUGGUUUUCAUAUUGAUAAUGAUGGGUUUUGUUUACCAGCAUCUAAAAAUUAUAAUUUUUUUUAUGUUCAUCAUUAUGAUUCAUAUAUAGAUAUAAUUAAAACAGUUCUUAUACCAUUUAUAAUUAUAUUUAUCUGUAAUAUAUUUAUUAUAUUUAAAUAUACACGAAGAAAUACAUUAAUAUCAAGUACUUCGAUAAGACGAAAAAAUCGUCGUCGUAGAGAAAAAGAUCGUCAAUUAACAUGGUUUUUAUUAUCAACAUCACUAUUAUUCAUAUUUUUAUCAUUACCAUCAGAAAUCAAUGAUUUUGUUCGUACACAUUUAAGUCAAAAAUUUCAAACAAUUUAUGCUUGUCAAUUAUGGGCUAGUACAACAUUAUUUAUUCUUAUACAUCAAAUAAAUCAUGCAUCACAUUUUUAUGUUUAUACAUUAACAGGACCAAUAUUUCGAAAAGAAUUUCAAAAAUUAAUAUGUUUAUUUCAAAAACAAACAUCUAAAAGAAAUUUAUUUCAUUCUUUAAAAAAACAAUCAUUAACAAUACAUUAUACACAACAUAAUGAUAUUGAUGAUCGACGAUUAAGUAGUCCAUUUCAACAAACAAAUUUGAAUUCAUCAGAACGUUUAAGUUUUCAAUUAGAUGUUUAA